UUAACUCCUAUUUUGAUUGUACUCAUUCAUUCGGAUUCUCAUGUCACUCAAACAACAAUGACCAAACAAACGACCGAAACCCCGAGAGACAUUCAAGAUGACUGUGGCGGCGAGGCUAGCACCGUGGCUAACAAGGCAGUGCUAGAGGGGAUAGCUGCUCUCCAAUCAAACUUUCAGUUAAUUCGGAGAUAGUUGAGGCUAUGGACAAGAGACUAGACCAGUUCUUGACCUCCAUUAGAGCAGAAUUAACUGCUCUCAAAAAAGAGACUGAUGUCACUACCUCGGCCAUGAAAAGCACGAUGGACGACCAAGCUAAAACAAUGGCGGAGCUCGAACGUAGCGCAAUUUUUACUUCGGAUACGGUCUCCCAGCUACAAAAGGAUGUUGAAAAGCUAACAAGCAGUGUCUCACAGCUCACUGAGAAAUGUACGGACCUGGAAAGUCGCAGUAGAAGGCAAAACCUGUGCAUUCUAAAUAUUAAAGAGGGCGAGGAGACUGGACGCAAGACCACGGACUUUAUUGCACACCUGCUGAAGAACGCACUCUCUUUGGAAACUUUACCUUUUAUCGACCGCACUCACAGAUCUUUGAGAAAACGCUCCGACAACACGUCAUAUCCCCGGGCCUUCAUUGUUAAGAUGCACUACUUUAACGAUUGGCAGGACAUCAUCCAAAAAGCGGCUCAGCUCAAGUCCAUCAUCUACAACGGAGAGAAACUUCUGAUAUUCCCUGAUCUCCCAGCUGCCACACUGAAACAGCAUGCCCGUUUUAACAGAGCUAAAGACCUACUUCGAGAUCGUCCAGGGGUCCGCUUCGGAUUUCUGUACCCAGCGAAGUUACGGGUCACACACAACGGAGAAGAAAUAUACUUCACGGAUCCGGUAAAGGUGAUCACAUUCGCAGAGCAGCACUUUGGUGAGGGGAAUGUGUCGACAUCAUAAUCUCCUUAUGGAACUUUAUAAACCGGCUAGAAUGGGUUGGAGCGCUGAUCAGACAAUUAUAAUUAUGCGCCAAAUUGUUAUAAUUUUUUCCUCUCGACGUGAUUUGUAUUAUAUGGAAGGUUUAUACGCUUCGCAGCUCGAAUUAGUAAAGACUGAGCUGCCUGUGUGUGCAGAUGGACAUCCAUUACAUCAAUAGGAACUGUUCACUGAGCUCCUGCUAGUCAGCUAACACCAGGUGGGCUGUUUUUUACAGUCAAGUUUACUGUUUCUUGAUAAAGACAUCCAUUACAUCAAUAGGAACUGUCCACUGAGCUCCUGUUAGUCAGCUAACACCAGGUGGGCUGUUUUUUACAGUCAAGUUUACUGUUUCUUGAUAAAGACAUCCAUUACAUCAAUAGGAACUGUCCACUGAGCUCCUGCUAGUCAGCUAACACCAGGUGGA